GACGUCAUCUUUAAUCGACGUCUCUAUGGGAUGACGACGACGAGGACUGGACGUCUGAUAUCUCCUAACGUUUGUCCGUCUUCGCUGCGGGCUCCUUUGUUUUUCACAUCGAUUCCUUGAAGGGGUGUAUGGAUGGAGAGUCUAACAUGCAAACAGAUGAGCGAGGACCCACGAUUGAAGACAGAGGAGGUUGCAAAUCAAGAAAUGGGAUUUAGCCUUUAUCUCCUGUCGCGAGUCUAUGCCACAUUCAAUAUGGCGGUGAGGUUGACGAACAAUUCCGCGCGUACUGUGGCUAGGUGGGUAGCUAGGUAAAUACAGUACAGUAUAUAGGUAGGUAGGUAAAUAAUAGAUGGAUAUACAGGUAGGUGGAUAGACAGACAGAAAGAUAGAUACAGUACGUCGAUGUAUAGAUAGAUAGAUCGUUGAGCUCCAUCUCCCGGACCAUUUCAAAAACGGUAUCUAAUUAAUUCAUUAAACCUUAGUACAAAUAUUUCACACUUCUUUGUUCUUAGCUUUAAUGCAGGUUAAAUAAAUGUUAAAGAUUUGCACCUUUAAUGUGAUAAUAAUACAUCAAGUUAAAGGGUUAAUUUCCUUUAGUGGUUAAAUAAAAUCAACUGAUUUACUUCAUAUGGAGUAUGUAACUUCGGCCAAUGCAGCAAAUAUAACUAAUUGAUUGUGGUCUAAAAAGUCUUUGGGUGUUAUCCCUAAUGGUAGACAUCGUAAACCAAUGCCUUCACAAACCAAACCAUCUUUUUUAAGACGGAAGGUAAAUAAUCAGAUUAAAUCUUUUGGGUACGUUACAAAUGUACCGCUAUUUGUAGAACAUUAGCAUAUUGGUUGCAAAAGUUUCCCAAACCCUUCUGUAACAAACAUAAUCUGGUUAAAACAAUUUGAUGUGUUUAUAAAUUACUUAUCUUUAGCAAUUCCACAUAGGAGUAUACAGUAUUAGCAGAUGAUUGCAGAUACAAACACUGCAACAGAAGGCAAAGUUGAUAUGAUCAUACUAUGAUUUUUGUUGAGUAGUGAGUGCUUUAUUUUAUACUGGUACAAUAAUAAGAUUAGCAGUCUAAUCCCAGAGGAGACGAGAAUAGCCCAACACUAUCCCACUCUAGACUAAGAAUAAGAGGAAGAACCAGAGCAACCUGUGUCUGUACACAGCCCACAUCGUUCCUAAUUUUCCAUGCUGUUUUUAAUGUCCCUUAUUCCUACACUGGAUUUACCAUCCUGAUGAGAUCCAAAGAGAGAGCGGUAACGUCAGAGCUGGGGAGGUUGAUGUCACAUAUUUUGGCAGCAGUGGGGCAAUUGAGCCCUGAGAUGGUGUUCACCUGAGAAUCACUUGCAGGCUCUGCUAUGACUGUGGACAUCAACCUAAGGGGAGAUUCAUAUGGCACUCCAUGAAAGGUCCCAUGGGGGUGCUCUGAUGGAAUUCAUUAGAGCGCCCAGGGCAAAUUACACUAUAUUCGGAGAGGCGAUUCGCUACGUCAUUCCGGCACACAUGCAAUGUUCUAUCGGCUGUGGUGGUCAAGGCUGCAAGUAUGACAACCCGCAUUUCUGGCGUGAUGACCAACAGGCGAUUAAAGGCCUUUACUCAUCAUGGGUGACUGAUCAUCUUCUUGCGAUGUCCAGGCCCUCGACUGAAGUUAUUGAGAAGUAUAACGUUAUUGAGCAAUUCAGAAGGAAUGGCAUUAAAACGGUGAUCAACCUCCAGAUACCUGGUGAGCAUGCAAGCUGUGGAAACCCUCUGGAGCCAGAGAGUGGUUUCUCCUACAAUCCAGAGGCCUUUAUGGAGAAUAACAUUUAUUUCUACAACUUUGGGUGGAGUGACUAUGGAGUGGCCAACCUGACUACUGUUCUGGACAUUGUUAAAGUUAUGGCCUUUGCACUGCAGGAGGGGAAGGUAGCUGUGCACUGCCAUGCAGGUCUUGGGAGAACAGGUGUGUUAAUGGCAUGUUUUUUGGCCUAUGCCACGAGGAUGACAGCCAAUCAAGCGAUCUUGUAUGUUCGGGCUAAACGGCCCGGUUCCAUCCAGACGCGUAGUCAGCUGAGCUGUGUCCGCGAGUUUGUCCAAUUCCUCGCCCCUCUAAGGAGUGUGUUUUCCUGCACUGAGCCUCGAUUCCAACCCGUCACCUUGACUCAGUACCUCAAUCGUCAGAGACACAUUCUGCACGGCCCCGAGCGGAAAGAAUUGAGGUACCUGCCAAAGAUUGUUCACCUUGUGUCCCGGCUGCUGUUGGAUAUUGCGGAGAAUCGACAAGUGAUCGAGGAGGACGUUUUGGAGGCGCCGGACAUCCAUGACAUUGAGAUGACCCUCAGUAUCAUUGAACAGCUUGGGCCUCAGUUUUGCGCAAAGGAGCCUCGCUUGCCAGGUUCCCUGACCUUACCGAGACAUUUUCAUGAACCGCCCAUCUUCUACCAUCGCAAGAGUCUUAGUUACAGUGAGUCUGAUCUAAGACGUCUGGGGUCGCAGCUCAACCUCCUGACACAACCCUUGGGCUCCCUCUCACAGGGCAACGUGGCCAGGCCAAUUUCUCCAUCCGAAACUGCUCAACCGGUAACGCAGUGGAAGAGUUGGAAUAGUAACACAUCUGACAUCUCCCAAAGCUCCACAGGAUCUCUCUGGCAAGUCAAGAAUCAUGAAAGGGACGGUUCCAUUUUGUUGAAGAAAGUCAGACAGAUGCCCAUCCAACGCAGUGGAUCGGUUGGACACAAUGGCCCACUCCAAAAAGGUAGUAUGCUCUCCAGAUUGAAGGCUGAGCAGAGAGAAGAGUUGGCAGAAAGCGAGAGGAAGUCUCAGCAGAGAGAUGAGGAGCAGUCAGAGGUGCCAUGUAUCACUCUGCAGUCUGAGUUAUCUCUGGAGGCGAGGAGGCUGUUGGUGGCACAGGCGCUAGCAGUGGACCUUUUUCUCGAUGGGGCAGAAGAGCACAGGAACAAAGUGUUAACGUGGCAGGCGGAGCUGAAUCAAGGCGGCGCAUGGGAAAGGCUCUGCAUGGAGCGGGAUCCCUUCAUCCUCACAGGUCUGAUGUGGGCAUGGCUGGAGCAGCUCAAGGAGCCAGUCAUCUGUCUCCAGGAUGCCAUGGCCCUGAACCUUGAAAACACUGAUGCGCAAACUGUCCUCAACACACUUGGCCAGGCACCCAAAGAAACAUUAAUGUGCAUACUGGACUGUCUGGCUCAUUUACUGACACUACCUGAGGAGGUUGAACAUGCAUUUCUGAAUCGUACUAUCAAGGCGUUCACUUGGAUGCGAAGCAGUUCCAACGAUGGAAGCCAAGUGUAUGAGUCCAUGACUAGAGUCCUUCGCUGUAUCCUUGAGGACAUGAGAUGUGUUGCCACCAAAGCAGAAGACCCUACAAAGUCUCCUUUAACGUGGAGGGCCACUUUGCGACUUGCUGUCAACUGAAAACGACAUCACAGUGCCAGGCGGGCUCAGCUUGCGAACGUCUCAUGCCCAAACCGAGCAAACAGCUUGCGAGCAAGGCGCCGUUCAGAGCAUACAAGAAGAGAUGACAAUCAACUGCCAUCACAAUGGAGUUGCUGUCCUUUGCCUCAAGAAGAAUGCUGGAGGACGUGCUCGGCAGCGACAAAGGAGAGGACUCAACCUGUUGGACUAAAAAGCAAGCAUUUGUUAGAGCUGGACAAACUUGUAUUUUUAUUCACAAGUUCAAGUAUUAUUAAAUUGCUGUGCCUUAUAAUUUGUGUAGGGACACGCUGCAUCCCUGUAAUUGAUGGGACGACAUUGUUUUCUGCUGUUUUCGUCAAGUUUUCUGAUAGAGAGACGCUCAAACGCAGCCGACACAAGAAAUCCUGCUGUGCGUCGUCAACAGUCUUAAACACAACGCAGUCGGACACCACCGGUUACGCGAGUUUUGUUGUCUAAAGUAAUUUUAGGGAAUAACUGCUAAGGAUGCUCCUUGUCUUUAUGUAUAACACACAACAAAUGUGACCUUUAAGACAGUGUGCUCGUUGCAGUGGACCAUGGCCAGUCUGGCAGACUGCGUGGGGAUGAAGACGGCGGCCUGGCACCCAGUGAUUGGCACUAACUGGCACAUCGAAGCACUGCAGACUGUGGUUGGGGUGUCCCAGAGGUCAGGACCCAGAGGUGAGCUCCCUUGCAGGUAGACCAGGCCCACUAUUUGCCCUAAUGGAAUACUUUUUUUCAGUAUCUGCACUUCCACUUGAGUGCAGAGUACGAGUAUAUUUGACGCAUCCGAUUUCACCUUUGGAUUUUUCACAGACCUGUGUGGCCUCGGAGGCUCUUGCAAGUGUAACCCCCAGUUCGACCUUCCUUCAUCUUUGUCUCCAAAUGGGAUCGUCGCAGGAAGUAUUUCUUCCAUGAGUGAUUGACGUGAGGGCUCCCCAACACAGCCUGGCUACAAAAGCCCCAUCGCUGCAAGCACAUCCUCCUGAUGAGAAGAAAACAAACAACCAUUUGACAUUUCUGUGGUGGCAAGAAAAGUAUUUCCACGCAAAACACUCACCUCCAUAACCACUGAGUCUCGGCAGCAUUGUGCCAGUUCUGGAAAACAGACAACCUAUUCUGAGUGUUGUUUGGCUAGUUAAAGUCACUUCCGCAUGUUGUAUAGUCGCGUGUCCUUACCCUACACACGCUCGAGGCCCUGAUUAAAUCUUCCUCGGUUAAAAAUGUAAACAUAUGAAUGAGACAAUCGCCGAGCAAGUGUUGGGGAUCCAUGGCGAUGUUCUUCUUUCUCGUCCUGCGAUUGUGAAGCAAAAGCAGGAAGAAAUCAGUGAGAUCACGCGCAGCCGACAUGAUUGUCAUUCUGCCACUAGAUGUCGCCAUCUCAAAGGGAAAUCAGCCCUGGACAACGCCUGGACUGAAGAAUAAAUACACUUGCAAAUAAACGAUGAACCAGAUUAAACAUCAAAUUUGAGUUUACGUUUUGAGAUUAGAAAUUGUGACAUUUUCCGUGCACGUUGUUGAGAAUCAAUUGGUUUUUGAAGUAUCUUACGUUUAAUCGCAGCUUUUGCUGGUUUGAAAAAUUGAAUAAACAAUAUCACAGUCAGAA